CUGCCACGUAAUUAGGUUGGGCUAAAAAUUGAUCGGUAUCCGAAAUUUGGAAUCUACGAGUACUCCCUUUCCAGUCGUACGUGGGCCAAACCUACAGCGAUCAACCCUUGUCUUUCUCCGGCCGGAAUUACCUAUCUCUUCCCGAAUACAACCCGCAGUCUUUGCCGCAAGGGCUUCGACUCCCCUUGUCCCUGCUCUCCAGGUUAAACAACCCAGAAGUCUGAAUUCUCUUGUCCAUCCACUCCUGAAUUUGUCUACCCAUUUGUGUUACCAAGUUUCCUUCUUUCUUUGUACUUCCUGGCGGUUCCCUCUCUCGCUUUCGCCUGAUUUCCGCCAUGGCUGAUAGGAACGAAGAUCAAAAGAACGAUCCUUUCCUCCUGCAGUACCAACCGUCGGAACUUCGAAUCGCGUGCGAAUUCUUCAACGAGUGGCUCCCUUUUCUUUGUCGAGGUCUAUGCCUCAACUGCUCCAGAACUAUAUCAGAUCGAAUUCGCUCUCUCCAGCCAGAACGUGAUAGUUCAUGGGAGCAAUUACGUUUGGAGAAAACCGCAGUCUCUUCAAUUGCGAGUGCUGCCAAAUCUUGUGAGAAUUGCGUAGAAGAUCACGAGGACGAGAAAUUUGAUCAGAAUUCGUUAGGAAGUUGGAAAGAUGGAGCUAAUGGAUGGUCUAAUUCGGUCCCGGAAGAUUCUGCUAGUAGGGGAUUGCUUGGUAAGCCGCCAGGAGCUGAUAAUAAUACCUCAGGGCCUCGUAUUUCUUGGGCGGACAUGGCGCAAGAAGAUGAAUUUGUGGAUGAUGAGGAACAACUUGAUUCAAGUAAAGAAGCAGCUGGUCAAGGUGGUUCUCCCCUGAUUACGAAAGCGGUGGAGAAGCCUCAGUUACCGAGGGAGCAGAGAGAGUACAUUCGAUUCAUGAAUGUGAAGAGGAAGAAAGAUUUUAUGUGCUUCGAGAGGGUUCAUGGCAAGUUGAUGAAUAUUCUCGACGGACUUGAACUACACACAGGUGUUUUCAGUGCCGCAGAGCAGAAGAGGAUAGUCGAUCGUGUUUUUGAACUGAAGGAAAUGGGCAUGAAAGGAGAGUUGAAAGAGUGCACAUUUUCUGCUCCUCAGAAGUGGAUGAGGGGCAAAGGGCGUGUAACUCUACAGUUUGGCUGCUGCUAUAACUAUGCGACAGAUAGAACUGGUAAUCCACCUGGCAUUCUGAAGAAUGAAAUGGUUGAUCCGAUACCUCAACUUUUAAAAGUUAUAAUCAGAAGAUUGGUGAAAUGGCAUGUUCUGCCUCCAACGUGUGUGCCAGACAGUUGUAUUGUCAACAUUUACGAAGAAGGGGACUGCAUACCACCCCACAUUGACAACCACGAUUUUCUCCGACCAUUUUGCACCGUAUCUUUUGUUAGUGAGUGCAAUAUUGUGUUCGGAACCAAAUUAGAGAUUUUAGGUCCUGGUGAGUUCUCCGGAUCAGUAGCGAUUCCUUUGCCUGUAGGGUCUGUUCUUGUAUUGAAUGGAAAUGGAGCUGAUGUAGCUAAACACUGCGUACCUUCAGUCCCCACAAAGAGAAUAUCCAUCACGUUCAGAAAGAUGGAUGUAAAGAAAUGGCCUGUUGGUUAUGCUCCAGAGCCUGAUCUGCAGGGGAUAGAACCAUUGUCAUUUGAAGUAGACAAGACAAAUUAUAAUAGGUCAAACUCUCCCAAGUCAGAACAGCUUUGGAGAAGGCGGCCCAUUGAUACAGAAGGCAAGAUAGAUGCCAGAAGAGCAGCCUUUUCAGAACCCCGUUACAGUAACCGGGGAAGGCGGGGUCCAGGAUCUCGGCGGAGGGUGAAGGUGGAUGUUGAGAGUUGAGUUACAGAGUCAGUUGCUUUAUGUCAAAGGUCAUUUAUACUUGGUCAUGGGAGCCUGCCGAACAAGCUGAAAGGAAACAUGAGGCGGCUCCUGUAUUCGUGAACGUUUUAUAGUUCAGGAAGGUGCUUCUGAACCUCUGAUUCUUUGGCUUCUCUGCUAUGUAACGUAAGAGGGACUGAGAGCAAUACUGGGCAUAUGUACACCGUGUGUUUAAUAACAGCAAUUGUUUGGUAGCUAUUAUUGGAUUCAGUUUUGGGCGGCAAAACCUUUUGAACUAGUUGGGUGAUAACUGAUAAGUGAGUCAUAGCUCAUUGAAGUGCGAGCUAUUGUUUGUACCCACAAUUACAUACUUCUCUGUAAUAAAAACAGUUUUCUGCU